ACAGCUGAGUGUGAAAGUCGUCGUUCACGGCACAAAAUAUACACGAUUGGCAUUUGCAACAAAAUUUUUUGUAUAAACGUGAACAAAAAGGAUAUAAACGCGUCAGAUAGUUAAUAAACGGCCAAACCGCAAGUUCUUCAAUCGCUCCAGCUAGUGCUCAGACCGUGUAAAUAGUAAAUGAACAAUCAGCCAAAGUGCGUGUAGCAACAAAAACCAAUAAACCAAAAAAAGAAGAAAAGGAAAGAAAAGAAAGAGAGCCCGCAUCGCAACACACAAUAAAAAAAGUAACACUUUUGAUAGUUUAAACAAAAUAGAAAACGAAAUCGAAAACGCGUAUGCACAAUGACCAGUGUGAUUAUUAUAUAAAUUGUUAUACAUUUUGUUGGCCAAUUAUGUUGUGGCCAAAAAAUAAACAAAACCAACAAGAAUAAGCGCAAAGUUGUUGUGUGCUUCAUUAAAUGCAAGAAUAACUUCAUAACUCAAGUGAAAACAAGUUAGUUUUGUGAGUGAGUUUUGUGUGUUGCCAACGGGGAAUAAAUUAUCACCACACUAUUAACGCACGCGGCUUUAUAAAUUUGCAUUUAUUAAGUUAACAAUUGACAAAAGCGACGCGACAAACGACAGCUGAAGAGAUCGCAACUGUUCUCGGCGACUGUUCUUGGUGACAGUUUUUGAACAUUGCAAAAGCGAGCUAGCUGCCAGCCAUAGUUGCAUUUGGUAAAGAGCUCUGGACGAGCAGAUUGCGUGGAGCUGCGGCAGCCAAGAUGAUUGGACGUCUGUUUCGUGCCCAUGGCGAAUUCUGCGCCUCACAUCCCUGGGAGGUCAUUGUCGCCCUGCUCACCAUCACCGCCUGCAUGCUAACCGUCGACAAGACCAGCACACUGGACGCAGCGGCGGCCACCGCAACAACAACAGCAACAGUCUCAGCCACAGCAACAGCUGGGGUGCCCAAUGGGCCAGCUGCGCCGCCCAUUAUGGCCCCGCCAUCGGCCACAUCGAGUCGCCAUAGACCCUGCCAUGGCUGGAGUCAAUCCUGUGAUGGUCUCGAGGCGGAAUACAAUGCCGCCGAUGUGAUCCUUAUGACGAUAGUGCGCUGCACGGCGGUGCUCUAUUGUUACUAUCAAUUCUGCAGUCUGCAUCGCCUGGGCUCGAAAUAUGUGCUAGGCAUUGCCGGUCUCUUUACAGUCUUCUCCAGCUUCAUAUUCACCACAGCUAUCAUCAAGUUUCUGGGCAGCGACAUCUCGGAUCUCAAAGAUGCGCUCUUCUUUCUGCUGCUGGUCAUCGAUCUGUCCAAUUCUGGCCGCCUCGCUCAACUGGCGCUCUCAGGCAGCAGCCAAGCGGAGGUCACACAGAACAUAGCUCGUGGCUUGGAGCUGCUUGGACCAGCCAUUUCGCUGGACACCAUUGUGGAGGCGUUGCUGGUGGGCGUGGGCACAUUGUCAGGUGUGCAGCGCCUUGAGGUGCUCUGCAUGUUUGCCGUGCUCUCGGUGCUGGUCAAUUAUGUGGUCUUUAUGACCUUCUAUCCCGCCUGUUUGUCAUUGAUCUUUGAUCUGUCACGCAAUGGCGUCGAUAUGUCUGUAGUGCGUGAACGUGCCAAGGGAUCGUUGCUGCUCAAAUCGCUGACCGAGGAGGAGCAGAAAGCGAAUCCAGUGCUGCAGCGUGUUAAGCUGAUCAUGACCACAGGUCUGAUGAUUGUGCACAUCUAUAGUCGGGUUGUGUUCACCAGCAGCGAUUACGAUGCGGUGGAUAAAACUUUGUCGCCCACGCUGAAUCUCAAUGUGAACAACAAUCGCACCGAGUCGGGCGAAAUCACCGACAUCAUCAUCAAAUGGCUGACAAUGAGCGCUGAUCACAUUGUCAUCUCCAUUGUGCUGAUUGCGUUGGUGGUCAAAUUCAUCUGCUUCGAUCAACGCGAUCCGCUGCAGGAUCAACUUCGUCAAGCCACCCUGGCCAAGGCCUCGCAGACCACACCGCAACCCGAGGAGGAGAAGGAACAGCCACAGCCACAACAGUUGGCCAUCAAGGCGCCACCUCGCUUGCCGCUUUUCAGCAUCGAGGAGCAGCAGGUGAGCAACGUGGCAACACAGACAGAUGGUCAGGCGAUCGUGCGACAACGCGUCGAGCUGCCCAAGCGUCCGCCACGUCCACUCCAGGAAUGCCUGCAACUGCUGAAUGCCACCGAUGAAACGGAUCAUGUAUUGACUGGUCCUCAGGCAUUAACUGACGAGGAAAUCGUGGCCAUUGUCAACGCUGGCGGCACUCAUUGUCCGCUGUACAAGAUCGAGUCGGUGCUAGAUGAUCCCGAGCGUGGCAUUCGCCUGCGUCGUCAGAUCAUUGCCUCACGUGCCAAGGUGCGUUUAGGUUCGUUGGAGUCGCUGCCUUAUCAGCACUUUGACUACCGCAAGGUGAUGAACGCCUGCUGCGAGAAUGUCCUCGGCUAUGUGCCCAUUCCUGUGGGUUAUGCUGGUCCGUUGCUGCUGGACGGAGUCAGCUACUAUGUCCCGAUGGCCACCACUGAAGGUGCGCUGGUGGCAUCCACCAAUCGCGGAUGCAAAGCGUUGUCGGUUCGAGGUGUGCGCUCUGUUGUCGAGGAUGUGGGCAUGACGCGGGCGCCAUGUGUGCGCUUCCCCAGCGUGGCACGCGCCUCCGAGGCCAAGCUGUGGAUCGAACACGAGACAAACUACAAGCUCAUCAAGGAGGAGUUUGAUUCCACAUCUCGUUUCGGACGCCUCAAGGAUUGUCACAUUGCCAUGGACGGACCACAGUUGUACAUUCGCUUUGUGGCACUCACUGGCGAUGCCAUGGGCAUGAACAUGGUGUCCAAGGGUGCGGAGAUGGCGCUGCGAUGCAUCAAGCGACAGUUUCCCGACAUGCAAAUCAUUUCGCUGAGCGGCAACUUUUGCUGCGACAAGAAACCCGCUGCCAUCAAUUGGAUCAAGGGACGUGGCAAGCGUGUGGUCACCGAAUGCACCAUUCCAGCGGCCACGUUGCGCAGCGUACUCAAAACGGAUGCCAAGACUCUUGUGGAGUGCAAUAAACUGAAGAAUAUGGGCGGAAGUGCAAUGGCCGGAAGCAUUGGUGGAAAUAAUGCGCAUGCUGCGAAUAUGGUGACAGCUGUGUUUUUGGCCACCGGACAGGAUCCCGCACAGAAUGUCACAUCGAGCAAUUGCUCGACGGCCAUGGAGUGCUGGACAGAGAACAGCGAAGAUUUGUACAUGACCUGCACGAUGCCCUCGCUGGAGGUGGGCACCGUUGGAGGCGGCACUGGGCUGCCGGGUCAAGGUGCCUGCCUCGAUAUGCUGGGCGUCCGAGGCGCCCAUGCAAGCAAUCCCGGCGACAAUGCCAAGAAGCUGGCGCAAAUCGUCUGCGCCACAGUCAUGGCUGGCGAACUGAGCCUGAUGGCUGCGCUGGUCAACAGCGAUCUAGUCAAGAGUCACAUGCGUCACAAUCGGUCUUCCAUUGCGGUGAGCAGCGUCAAUAAUCCGCUCAACGUGAGCGUCUCCAGUUGCAGCACAAUCAGCUAAAACCUGUGGACGGGACAAAUCACCAUUCACCUCCUCUGUAUAUAGGCUUAGGUUGCGCUUUAAAUUCUAAUGUGUUCAAUGCUUAAUUUGUAAUUGUAAUAGAGAGAAGAGAGCCGAGAGUAACCAGUAACUGUAAUUAUUAUAAUUUGUAAUUAAUCCACUUGGCCACUUGGCAGCAGCCUUUGUAAUUGUUGUUAUCAACUUAGUAGUUCUUUCUCUAGCCUGGGAUUUUCAUUGUUGUUAGCAAUUUCCACAAAAUACUAGUUAAAUACGUUUAUAAGCAAAUGAUGAUCGAUGACGAUGACGAUGAUGAUAAUGAUGAUGAUGAGCCUAUUUUUUCUACAAAAACAUAUUUCUAGUGCAAGCGACGAAACUUGUAAAAAGUAUUCCUUAAGCGAAUUAGUUAUAGUGAUUAAAGUAUAUAUACUUA